AUGGGUGGUUGUGCGCGACAGGUUGUGUGCGCUACAGGUGCAACAGGUGCAAGACGUCUAGACAGUUACAAGCAGAUUGAGACUCUUGUUCUCAACGAUUAUCUCAGUGAACGUCCAUCUGCAUCACGUGAUCUCGCUCAGUUCAUCUGUAAGAUGAAUCAUCUGAAGAACCUCACGCUCAAAGGAUAUCAUCAUGAUGACUUCUACUCAACAUCAUCGUCGAUGGCAUCAACUGCAAAGAUUGAGACUCUUGUUCUCAAAGAGGAUCUCAGUAAACGUCCGUCUACAUCACGUGAUUGCGCUCAGUUCAUCUGUAAGAUGAAUCAUCUGAAGAACCUCACACUCGACAGUUAUUAUCAUGACGACUUCUACUCAACAUCAUCGUCAAUGGCGUCAACUACAAAGGUAAUAUAUAGUAAGAAGUCUUUAUAUGUAAAGGGACAGUACUUAAUGAAACCAUAAUGCUCUUCAAAUUGU